AUGACCACAUUCAACCCUGAAGUCUGCGUAGUAGACUUCAACCAUGCCCGAGGCCCAGAAAUUGAGUUCUGGGUGACGCCCCAAGGACAAGCGCUGUAUGAUAACAAUGAUUGGUCUUUACUCCCUUUCAUGGCGCUGAGCGAUGGGGUGCAUGCUCUUGUCGAGGACUUCUCUUAUUUCACACUCCUUCGGCAGCCUGAGUCCGGCGAGAAGAGUGGUACUGGCGGAGCGGGAGGAGCGGUGAAGGGAAAGGAAAGCGAGCCUGCUGCGCCAAGGAAGGGGGCUUCAACGCUGUUUGGGAUUGCGUGCACAAGGCAGAUCAGGUCAGAUCGAUUGAGAGUGCGUUCGAAGUCAGUGACGCGAUCGAGUGUGCAGAAGAGUGUGGUGUUGGUCGUUGACACCGUUGCGGGCAUGGGCGAGCUGAGGACGAGGCUGGGAAUGGUCACUGAGAUGUGGUUCGCUCAGGAGGACUUCAGUGAUACGACCAUUCUCAAAGGCUUCCAGGAAAGCCUAGUCCGGACAUCGACCAGCAGUCCUGCCGAGCAGUUCUCAGGGCUAUCCCUUCGUGAGGUCAUACACGAGUUUCGCCAUCAAACACUCGUUCUCGUCAAAUGUCUCCUUUUGCAACGAAAAAUGCUCUUCUUCUCGACCAAAUGUGAACGCAUGUGUAUGCUGCAAUUCGCCCUUCUCUCCCUAUUGCCUGGCCUAUCAUCACACCUGGAGACUGCCUCACAUCCUGAGUUGGAUCAGGUCGCAAAGCCAGAUGCAGCCACGGUCAAGCAGUCGGCGCGAGCCGAGCUGCUCUCGUCCUUCGGCCAGCCGCUGCCCAUCUUCUCGAAAGGAUCAUUUUUCUCACCUUACACGCCACUACAGCACCUAGACAUGCUUGGCUCGUAUUCCACGCGAAGCUACGUCGUCGGCUCCACAAACGCCCUCCUCCUACAACAACAAAGUCGAUAUGCUGACAUCAUGGUCAACCUCGACACCGAGCCGUACAACCGACGGUGGAUCGAUAACCUCACACAGCAAGUGCUUGACACGUGGGAUCCAGACAACCCCUCUAGACCGAAGAACAUGGGUUACGCGGGCAGCGAAGAGAUGAUUCGUCUACAAUUCGAAGAAUAUAUCCUGAGCCUCUGCAGUAGCAUGGCGUACCAAGUCUACCGCGAGCGUACAGAUGGCUCGGUGAAAGACGUCUUCUGGAAAGGAGACCAAGGGCAAGAGACCGGCGUCGUCAGCACGCAGAAUGAAGCUGAUGCGCCGGAGCUACAAGAGAAGCAGACUACCGACGACGAAAAGCCUCCACCAAAGGCCCCUCGACCAAGUGCAGAACAGCAACAACCACAGCCACAGCACAACAGCAGAGCACAUCAGCGCACGUCGUCCCUUGACGCCCACCUCCUCCCUAGCGUCGAUCUCGGUGCCAACGCCCUGGACUUCAACCCAGAAUUCCUUGCCGCCUGGCGGGACACGCGCAACUUCGAACUCUUCAUCGCGUCGUUGCCCGAGAAUGUCACGCACCCUUUCUCGCCUACUUCUACUGUGAUGGACACAUCGAGAAAACCCCGAAUAUUCGACCUUAUUCCCCCACAACAUCCUACAGGCGGCGGCCUGAAUAUUGACGAUGUGCAGAGGCGGGUAGUACAGGGCAUAGGUCAACUGCGGACGAACUAUAAGGUGGACGAGCGGGUGGCCGAGACCAGGGAGAAUGUAGGGAAGGCGCUAGAGGCUGGAAAAGAGAGGUUCGGGAAGCUGUGGGAGUCAAUUGAGGAGCGAAGACGAAGAGGUGGAGGAGGACAGGACGAGAAUAGUAGGCCGACUUCUGCGGAUGGUCGCGAGGUAAAGGCCGCGGGGAUCGGUCCGACUGCUCAGGCUGAUACAACAGCUGGCAGUGGCGGUACAGCAGCGUGGACAGCCGCAAUCCAAGAACGCGCCGCCAAAGUGCAGAAGCCCGACACUACACAAUUACAGCAUGCAGCGAAAGAGAAUGCCGCCAAGGCAGGCGCAUACCUCAGUAGCUGGGGAAGUUGGGCCAAGGAGAAGAGCCGCGACUGGCAACAACAGCAGCAGGCACAGAAGAACAAGGGCAUGACUGGGAGUAGUCAAGUCCUUGGUGGUGGGUCGAGUGCGCCAGCGAGUACAAUGGCAACAGCCACCGGUACUACAAAUGCGACUGCCUCUGCUACUGCUACACCAGGAGACAGCACUGCAACGACCGCAAGUGCAGGGAGCGACACCCUCGCGACGUCCACGUCGAAGCCGCAAAGGAUGAGCGCUGGGAAGUUCAAAGAGGACAUAGACUAG